CCGGAAAUCACUAAGCCACUUAUUAGUGUGCGCCCGCAGCCGCUGUUCAACCACCGCGCUAGCGAGCCGCUCUAGUGUACUGCGUGUGUGUCUGUCUUAAAACCGUCAAACAUCCUCGCACACCCCUCAUCGAUCCCAAUUGUUAUAGCUGAUUGAUUCCUACGAGGAAUUGUAUAAAAUAGCAACUAUGUCGAAAAGUUCAAAGAUGACGAAUAUAAUAAACUACCGUCUGCGUAUUACGCUUUCAGAUUCGCGUACGCUGACGGGACAGAUGCUCGCGUUUGACAAGCACAUGAACUUGGUGCUCGCCGACUGCGAAGAAUUCCGCAAGAUCAAACCAAAGAACAAGAAGAAUGACGAGGACGAGCUUGAACAAAAGCGGACACUCGGUUUGGUGAUUCUUAGAGGCGAAACAAUUGUCAGCAUGAGCAUCGACGGUCCACCACCCCCAACUACAAACGAAACCAGAACACGAGGACCUGGAUUGCAAAUGGGUACAGGCAUGGGCAGACCUGCCGGCCGUGGUAUGCCAGCUGCUCCUCCACCAGGUGGACCUAUGGUUGGAUUAUCUGGCCCUGUCAGAGGUGUUGGUGGUCCUUCGCCGCAGAUGAUGCAACCACGACCUGGAAUCCAAGCGCCGCCAGUUGCUUAUGGCCGUCCUCCUAUGCCCCCACCUGGUCAAGGCGUAAGUUUAUGGCCAUUGUUUUCGAGUUAUCAUGUAUCAAUUCGCUUUUAA